AAGGAGAGGGAGAGGGAGAGGGAGAGGAAGGGAGAGUGAGCGAGGGGGAAAAAUGUAGGAAAGAGAUUGAAUUUGAGCUGGUGAAGGAGAAAAAGGAGAAUGCAGACUAGGCUAGAUAGAAUCAUUAGGAAGCAACAGUGAGGAAGCAGAGAGAAAGUGUGGAAAUUGAGUGAUUUGUCUAAAUGUGCUUGUAAUGUGCGACUGGCAGUGCUUAAAUCGCAGCGUGGAGUGUGUUUGCGUGAGAGGGUCUAAUUGUGCUACUGCCUGGAAAACGUGCUUGGUGGAUUAUGAGAGAUCAAGAACAGAACGAUUGUAUGUGUGUCUGUCAGAGACUCUGUUUAUUGGUUAACAAAAGGGCUAGGUGCAGCUUGUUCGUGUGUGUGCAUGUUUAGAUGGUAAAAUCAUGCUGCUGGAGAGUUACUUGAAGAAAGGGAAAAGAUAGUGCUGAGAGUUGAAGCACUUGAGGAUGCCAGAGCAUUCAGGGACAAGCACAGCUCUCAGAUAUUGCACUCUCAAUGUAACUGCCAUCUGGGUAUUCAGACCCAACGAGUGAAGGCAAACCAAUAAACAAUGUCUGAUGAAGGAGAAUCCAUGGGAGCAUGUAUCUUCUUGAGGUUUCAGCGGAACUAUUUGUAGGACCAAAGCAUCUCUGUUGCUGCUGUCUACCUAAAAGUGUAAAGCUACAAAGACUGUUGAGUUUCUUUGGAGGUCAACAUGUCUACGUGAAGGAUUGGUGAGGGUCCAUUAUAGUGUCCGGUGAUACCUUGAUGUCUUCAGAACUCAGCCAUGGGAGAGUGGACCAUUUUAGAGCGCCUCCUGGAGGCCGCUGUGCAGCAGCACUCUACAAUGAUUGGAAGGAUUUUACUGACGGUUGUGGUGAUAUUCCGUAUCCUGAUUGUGGCCAUCGUAGGUGAGACAGUGUAUGAGGAUGAGCAGACCAUGUUUAUCUGCAACACCCUCCAACCUGGGUGCAACCAGGCCUGCUACGACAAGGCUUUCCCCAUCUCUCACAUCCGAUACUGGGUCUUCCAGAUCAUCCUCGUUUGCACACCAAGUCUGUGCUUCAUCACCUACUCAGUACACCAGUCGGCCAAACAGCGUGACCGUCGCUACUCCUUUCUCUACCCAAUGAUAGAGAAGGACUACAGUCGUGAGGGAACCCCAAAAAUACGCAACAUUAAUGGAAUUUUGGUGCAGCAUUCUGACAGUGGUGGCAGAAAAGACAAACCUGACUGCUUAGAGGUAAAGGAGAUCCCAAAUGCUCCGAGAGGCCUCCUGCAUGGCAAGAGCUCCAAGGUACGACGACAAGAGGGCAUCUCUCGCUUUUACAUAAUCCAGGUCGUAUUCCGCAAUGCACUGGAGAUAGGCUUCUUGGCGGGGCAGUAUUUUCUAUAUGGCUUUAGUGUCCCUGGCAUCUUUGAGUGUGACCGCUACCCCUGCCUGAAGGAGGUGGAAUGCUAUGUGUCACGGCCCACUGAGAAGACGGUCUUCCUAGUCUUCAUGUUUGCAGUGAGUGGUAUCUGUGUCGUGUUCAACCUUGCGGAGCUUAACCACCUCGGCUGGAGGAAAAUCAAGGCUGCCAUUCGAGGUGUGCAAGCCCGCAGGAAGUCUAUCUGUGAGAUCCGCAAAAAGGACAUGGCCCACCUGUCACAACUACCAAACCUGGGCAGGACCCAGUCCAGUGAGUCUGCUUAUGUCUGAUCUCCAUUCACCUAAAUAUGGCAUCACAAUGAGUGGAGCUGAGAGUGGAAUGUUAAAAUACCAAGACGGUAUGGUACUUGUGCAAAUGUUUAUAAUGUCAAAGGGGCUCCACAUAGCCACACCUCUUUCCCACAAGCCACUCCCUCCCUCUUUAUGGUUAAGUUUACACAAUGUUAGGCUUCUAGAAGAUAAGGAAAAGAAGAGGAAUUUUUGGAACAACACAAGGAUCAUUGGAAGGGAAAGAGCAUAAGGUAUGAUAUGAUGAGGUGAUGUACUUCUAAUACAGAAUAUUAUGGAAAUAAAAGUAUCUGGGUCUUUUUUCCCACUUUUCUCACUCUCACAUCUUGAGAAAAGACUAGGAAGGAUAGCAGGAGAGCGUAGCAUGACAAUAACCUCCCACUUUCCUCCACCAUUGUCUGAGAUGGUGCCAAAAAAAGAAAGCUCUUUAGGUUCGCUCUCCUGGGAGUGAAAUGGCCUAAAACAAACAAUAGGUGGGAUAUGAACAUUGUUACAAGCAGUGGCACCUUCACUUUGACAUUUGAUUGAACAAACAUUAGCAUCUUUUUUGUACUCUCUCUGGUUGUCUUACAAGACUAGGGGAUGAUUAUUACCUCUGCGCAAAGUGUGCCCUUCCAUGAAAACACCAACUCUUAUGUGUUCCAGUCAAGUAUUCAUCGCUCUUAUGGUGCAUGAAUGUGUUUAUACUGUAUGUAUGUAUGUGACCAAAGUUGAAAGAAUUUACAGAUUGCAGAUUUUUUUAUGUUCAUUUUAAGAUUUUACUUUUGUUCUCUGCAAAACCUGGUGCCAUCAACUUAAAUGAUUUCAGAAUAUUAUUUAAAACAUAGUUAAAAGAUUAUUCCAAUGUUAGAUUAUAUAUAUUUAUUGGGAAAGGGAGCCAACCCUGCUGAAAAGAAUUCCCAUGCUGGUCCAAGGUUUAUGCUGAUUAUUGCUUUAUUGUUUAACUGGUGAAGAAGAAUAGCCAUGCUGCGCACCAGCAAAAAAUAAAUUAAAUAAAAUAAAAAAUUCAAACAUAAGGAACCAGCAUGUUCUUUCUGGUGAA